AUGCUGAACAGCGGCGUGUUCCCGCUGUACGAGACGCUGGUGGCGGUGCUGCGGCUGAGUGGGCGGAGGGGGCAGGUGGCGGAGGGGGAGGGCAUCCUCGCGCUCAUGGGGGAGCUGCAACUCAACCAGCGGGCGGCAGGAGUUAUUCGCGUCGGGCAGUCACGCGGAGGGAAAAGCUCUUCUGUUGCGGGGGGUGGAGGACGGGAUGUGGCCCACAGCAGGCCUGAUAGACACCGUGGUGGAGAGCAGCUGCCGGGAGCGCCGCCUCUCUCCAUCUCACAUGCGUCUGCCCUCCCCUUUCCCUUCCACUCCCUGCAGAGGAGCUGCUCCCAUGCUGAAGGGAAAGCUCUGCUGUUGCGGGGGGUGGAGGACGGGAUGUGGCCCACAGCAGGCCUGAUAGACACCGUGGUGGAGAGCAGCUGCCGGGAGCGCCGCCUCUCUCCAUCUCACAUGCGUCUGCCCUCCCCUUUCCCUUCCACUCCCUGCAGAGGAGCUGAGCUGUUCGCAUCAGGCUCCCAUGCUGAAGGGAAAGCUCUGCUGUUGCGGGGGGUGGAGGACGGGAUGUGGCCCACAGCAGGCCUGAUAGACACCGUGGUGGAGAGCAGCUGCCGGGAGCGCCGCCUCUCUCCAUCUCACAUGCGUCUGCCCUCCCCUUUCCCUUCCACUCCCUGCAGAGGAGCUGAGCUGUUCGCAUCAGGCUCCCAUGCUGAAGGGAAAGCUCUGCUGUUGCGGGGGGUGGAGGACGGGAUGUGGCCCACAGCAGGCCUGAUAGACACCGUGGUGGAGAGCAGCUGCCGGGAGCGCCGCCUCUCUCCAUCUCACAUGCGUCUGCCCUCCCCUUUCCCUUCCACUCCCUGCAGAGGAGCUGAGCUGUUCGCAUCAGGCUCCCAUGCUGAAGGGAAAGCUCUGCUGUUGCGGGGGGUGGAGGACGGGAUGUGGCCCACAGCAGGCCUGAUAGACACCGUGGUGGAGAGCAGCUGCCGGGAGCGCCGCCUCUCUCCAUCUCACAUGCGUCUGCCCUCCCCUUUCCCUUCCACUCCCUGCAGAGGAGCUGAGCUGUUCGCAUCAGGCUCCCAUGCUGAAGGGAAAGCUCUGCUGUUGCGGGGGGUGGAGGACGGGAUGUGGCCCACAGCAGGCCUGAUAGACACCGUGGUGGAGAGCAGCUGCCGGGAGCGCCGCCUCUCUCCAUCUCACAUGCGUCUGCCCUCCCCUUUCCCUUCCACUCCCUGCAGAGGAGCUGAGCUGUUCGCAUCAGGCUCCCAUGCUGAAGGGAAAGCUCUGCUGUUGCGGGGGGUGGAGGACGGGAUGUGGCCCACAGCAGGCCUGAUAGACACCGUGGUGGAGAGCAGCUGCCGGGAGCGCCGCCUCUCUCCAUCUCACAUGCGUCUGCCCUCCCCUUUCCCUUCCACUCCCUGCAGAGGAGCUGAGCUGUUCGCAUCAGGCUCCCAUGCUGAAGGGAAAGCUCUGCUGUUGCGGGGGGUGGAGGACGGGAUGUGGCCCACAGCAGGCCUGAUAGACACCGUGGUGGAGAGCAGCUGCCGGGAGCGCCGCCUCUCUCCAUCUCACAUGCGUCUGCCCUCCCCUUUCCCUUCCACUCCCUGCAGAGGAGCUGAGCUGUUCGCAUCAGGCUCCCAUGCUGAAGGGAAAGCUCUGCUGUUGCGGGGGGUGGAGGACGGGAUGUGGCCCACAGCAGGCCUGAUAGACACCGUGGUGGAGAGCAGCUGCCGGGAGCGCCGCCUCUCUCCAUCUCACAUGCGUCUGCCCUCCCCUUUCCCUUCCACUCCCUGCAGAGGAGCUGAGCUGUUCGCAUCAGGCUCCCAUGCUGAAGGGAAAGCUCUGCUGUUGCGGGGGGUGGAGGACGGGAUGUGGCCCACAGCAGGCCUGAUAGACACCGUGGUGGAGAGCAGCUGCCGGGAGCGCCGCCUCUCUCCAUCUCACAUGCGUCUGCCCUCCCCUUUCCCUUCCACUCCCUGCAGAGGAGCUGAGCUGUUCGCAUCAGGCUCCCAUGCUGAAGGGAAAGCUCUGCUGUUGCGGGGGGUGGAGGACGGGAUGUGGCCCACAGCAGGCCUGAUAGACACCGUGGUGGAGAGCAGCUGCCGGGAGCGCCGCCUCUCUCCAUCUCACAUGCGUCUGCCCUCCCCUUUCCCUUCCACUCCCUGCAGAGGAGCUGAGCUGUUCGCAUCAGGCUCCCAUGCUGAAGGGAAAGCUCUGCUGUUGCGGGGGGUGGAGGACGGGAUGUGGCCCACAGCAGGCCUGAUAGACACCGUGGUGGAGAGCAGCUGCCGGGAGCGCCGCCUCUCUCCAUCUCACAUGCGUCUGCCCUCCCCUUUCCCUUCCACUCCCUGCAGAGGAGCUGAGCUGUUCGCAUCAGGCUCCCAUGCUGAAGGGAAAGCUCUGCUGUUGCGGGGGGUGGAGGACGGGAUGUGGCCCACAGCAGGCCUGAUAGACACCGUGGUGGAGAGCAGCUGCCGGGAGCGCCGCCUCUCUCCAUCUCACAUGCGUCUGCCCUCCCCUUUCCCUUCCACUCCCUGCAGAGGAGCUGAGCUGUUCGCAUCAGGCUCCCAUGCUGAAGGGAAAGCUCUGCUGUUGCGGGGGGUGGAGGACGGGAUGUGGCCCACAGCAGGCCUGAUAGACACCGUGGUGGAGAGCAGCUGCCGGGAGCGCCGCCUCUCUCCAUCUCACAUGCGUCUGCCCUCCCCUUUCCCUUCCACUCCCUGCAGAGGAGCUGAGCUGUUCGCAUCAGGCUCCCAUGCUGAAGGGAAAGCUCUGCUGUUGCGGGGGGUGGAGGACGGGAUGUGGCCCACAGCAGGCCUGAUAGACACCGUGGUGGAGAGCAGCUGCCGGGAGCGCCGCCUCUCUCCAUCUCACAUGCGUCUGCCCUCCCCUUUCCCUUCCACUCCCUGCAGAGGAGCUGAGCUGUUCGCAUCAGGCUCCCAUGCUGAAGGGAAAGCUCUGCUGUUGCGGGGGGUGGAGGACGGGAUGUGGCCCACAGCAGGCCUGAUAGACACCGUGGUGGAGAGCAGCUGCCGGGAGCGCCGCCUCUCUCCAUCUCACAUGCGUCUGCCCUCCCCUUUCCCUUCCACUCCCUGCAGAGGAGCUGAGCUGUUCGCAUCAGGCUCCCAUGCUGAAGGGAAAGCUCUGCUGUUGCGGGGGGUGGAGGACGGGAUGUGGCCCACAGCAGGCCUGAUAGACACCGUGGUGGAGAGCAGCUGCCGGGAGCGCCGCCUCUCUCCAUCUCACAUGCGUCUGCCCUCCCCUUUCCCUUCCACUCCCUGCAGAGGAGCUGAGCUGUUCGCAUCAGGCUCCCAUGCUGAAGGGAAAGCUCUGCUGUUGCGGGGGGUGGAGGACGGGAUGUGGCCCACAGCAGGCCUGAUAGACACCGUGGUGGAGAGCAGCUGCCGGGAGCGCCGCCUCUCUCCAUCUCACAUGCGUCUGCCCUCCCCUUUCCCUUCCACUCCCUGCAGAGGAGCUGAGCUGUUCGCAUCAGGCUCCCAUGCUGAAGGGAAAGCUCUGCUGUUGCGGGGGGUGGAGGACGGGAUGUGGCCCACAGCAGGCCUGAUAGACACCGUGGUGGAGAGCAGCUGCCGGGAGCGCCGCCUCUCUCCAUCUCACAUGCGUCUGCCCUCCCCUUUCCCUUCCACUCCCUGCAGAGGAGCUGAGCUGUUCGCAUCAGGCUCCCAUGCUGAAGGGAAAGCUCUGCUGUUGCGGGGGGUGGAGGACGGGAUGUGGCCCACAGCAGGCCUGAUAGACACCGUGGUGGAGAGCAGCUGCCGGGAGCGCCGCCUCUCUCCAUCUCACAUGCGUCUGCCCUCCCCUUUCCCUUCCACUCCCUGCAGAGGAGCUGAGCUGUUCGCAUCAGGCUCCCAUGCUGAAGGGAAAGCUCUGCUGUUGCGGGGGGUGGAGGACGGGAUGUGGCCCACAGCAGGCCUGAUAGACACCGUGGUGGAGAGCAGCUGCCGGGAGCGCCGCCUCUCUCCAUCUCACAUGCGUCUGCCCUCCCCUUUCCCUUCCACUCCCUGCAGAGGAGCUGAGCUGUUCGCAUCAGGCUCCCAUGCUGAAGGGAAAGCUCUGCUGUUGCGGGGGGUGGAGGACGGGAUGUGGCCCACAGCAGGCCUGAUAGACACCGUGGUGGAGAGCAGCUGCCGGGAGCGCCGCCUCUCUCCAUCUCACAUGCGUCUGCCCUCCCCUUUCCCUUCCACUCCCUGCAGAGGAGCUGAGCUGUUCGCAUCAGGCUCCCAUGCUGAAGGGAAAGCUCUGCUGUUGCGGGGGGUGGAGGACGGGAUGUGGCCCACAGCAGGCCUGAUAGACACCGUGGUGGAGAGCAGCUGCCGGGAGCGCCGCCUCUCUCCAUCUCACAUGCGUCUGCCCUCCCCUUUCCCUUCCACUCCCUGCAGAGGAGCUGAGCUGUUCGCAUCAGGCUCCCAUGCUGAAGGGAAAGCUCUGCUGUUGCGGGGGGUGGAGGACGGGAUGUGGCCCACAGCAGGCCUGAUAGACACCGUGGUGGAGAGCAGCUGCCGGGAGCGCCGCCUCUCUCCAUCUCACAUGCGUCUGCCCUCCCCUUUCCCUUCCACUCCCUGCAGAGGAGCUGAGCUGUUCGCAUCAGGCUCCCAUGCUGAAGGGAAAGCUCUGCUGUUGCGGGGGGUGGAGGACGGGAUGUGGCCCACAGCAGGCCUGAUAGACACCGUGGUGGAGAGCAGCUGCCGGGAGCGCCGCCUCUCUCCAUCUCACAUGCGUCUGCCCUCCCCUUUCCCUUCCACUCCCUGCAGAGGAGCUGAGCUGUUCGCAUCAGGCUCCCAUGCUGAAGGGAAAGCUCUGCUGUUGCGGGGGGUGGAGGACGGGAUGUGGCCCACAGCAGGCCUGAUAGACACCGUGGUGGAGAGCAGCUGCCGGGAGCGCCGCCUCUCUCCAUCUCACAUGCGUCUGCCCUCCCCUUUCCCUUCCACUCCCUGCAGAGGAGCUGAGCUGUUCGCAUCAGGCUCCCAUGCUGAAGGGAAAGCUCUGCUGUUGCGGGGGGUGGAGGACGGGAUGUGGCCCACAGCAGGCCUGAUAGACACCGUGGUGGAGAGCAGCUGCCGGGAGCGCCGCCUCUCUCCAUCUCACAUGCGUCUGCCCUCCCCUUUCCCUUCCACUCCCUGCAGAGGAGCUGAGCUGUUCGCAUCAGGCUCCCAUGCUGAAGGGAAAGCUCUGCUGUUGCGGGGGGUGGAGGACGGGAUGUGGCCCACAGCAGGCCUGAUAGACACCGUGGUGGAGAGCAGCUGCCGGGAGCGCCGCCUCUCUCCAUCUCACAUGCGUCUGCCCUCCCCUUUCCCUUCCACUCCCUGCAGAGGAGCUGAGCUGUUCGCAUCAGGCUCCCAUGCUGAAGGGAAAGCUCUGCUGUUGCGGGGGGUGGAGGACGGGAUGUGGCCCACAGCAGGCCUGAUAGACACCGUGGUGGAGAGCAGCUGCCGGGAGCGCCGCCUCUCUCCAUCUCACAUGCGUCUGCCCUCCCCUUUCCCUUCCACUCCCUGCAGAGGAGCUGAGCUGUUCGCAUCAGGCUCCCAUGCUGAAGGGAAAGCUCUGCUGUUGCGGGGGGUGGAGGACGGGAUGUGGCCCACAGCAGGCCUGAUAGACACCGUGGUGGAGAGCAGCUGCCGGGAGCGCCGCCUCUCUCCAUCUCACAUGCGUCUGCCCUCCCCUUUCCCUUCCACUCCCUGCAGAGGAGCUGAGCUGUUCGCAUCAGGCUCCCAUGCUGAAGGGAAAGCUCUGCUGUUGCGGGGGGUGGAGGACGGGAUGUGGCCCACAGCAGGCCUGAUAGACACCGUGGUGGAGAGCAGCUGCCGGGAGCGCCGCCUCUCUCCAUCUCACAUGCGUCUGCCCUCCCCUUUCCCUUCCACUCCCUGCAGAGGAGCUGAGCUGUUCGCAUCAGGCUCCCAUGCUGAAGGGAAAGCUCUGCUGUUGCGGGGGGUGGAGGACGGGAUGUGGCCCACAGCAGGCCUGAUAGACACCGUGGUGGAGAGCAGCUGCCGGGAGCGCCGCCUCUCUCCAUCUCACAUGCGUCUGCCCUCCCCUUUCCCUUCCACUCCCUGCAGAGGAGCUGAGCUGUUCGCAUCAGGCUCCCAUGCUGAAGGGAAAGCUCUGCUGUUGCGGGGGGUGGAGGACGGGAUGUGGCCCACAGCAGGCCUGAUAGACACCGUGGUGGAGAGCAGCUGCCGGGAGCGCCGCCUCUCUCCAUCUCACAUGCGUCUGCCCUCCCCUUUCCCUUCCACUCCCUGCAGAGGAGCUGAGCUGUUCGCAUCAGGCUCCCAUGCUGAAGGGAAAGCUCUGCUGUUGCGGGGGGUGGAGGACGGGAUGUGGCCCACAGCAGGCCUGAUAGACACCGUGGUGGAGAGCAGCUGCCGGGAGCGCCGCCUCUCUCCAUCUCACAUGCGUCUGCCCUCCCCUUUCCCUUCCACUCCCUGCAGAGGAGCUGAGCUGUUCGCAUCAGGCUCCCAUGCUGAAGGGAAAGCUCUGCUGUUGCGGGGGGUGGAGGACGGGAUGUGGCCCACAGCAGGCCUGAUAGACACCGUGGUGGAGAGCAGCUGCCGGGAGCGCCGCCUCUCUCCAUCUCACAUGCGUCUGCCCUCCCCUUUCCCUUCCACUCCCUGCAGAGGAGCUGAGCUGUUCGCAUCAGGCUCCCAUGCUGAAGGGAAAGCUCUGCUGUUGCGGGGGGUGGAGGACGGGAUGUGGCCCACAGCAGGCCUGAUAGACACCGUGGUGGAGAGCAGCUGCCGGGAGCGCCGCCUCUCUCCAUCUCACAUGCGUCUGCCCUCCCCUUUCCCUUCCACUCCCUGCAGAGGAGCUGAGCUGUUCGCAUCAGGCUCCCAUGCUGAAGGGAAAGCUCUGCUGUUGCGGGGGGUGGAGGACGGGAUGUGGCCCACAGCAGGCCUGAUAGACACCGUGGUGGAGAGCAGCUGCCGGGAGCGCCGCCUCUCUCCAUCUCACAUGCGUCUGCCCUCCCCUUUCCCUUCCACUCCCUGCAGAGGAGCUGAGCUGUUCGCAUCAGGCUCCCAUGCUGAAGGGAAAGCUCUGCUGUUGCGGGGGGUGGAGGACGGGAUGUGGCCCACAGCAGGCCUGAUAGACACCGUGGUGGAGAGCAGCUGCCGGGAGCGCCGCCUCUCUCCAUCUCACAUGCGUCUGCCCUCCCCUUUCCCUUCCACUCCCUGCAGAGGAGCUGAGCUGUUCGCAUCAGGCUCCCAUGCUGAAGGGAAAGCUCUGCUGUUGCGGGGGGUGGAGGACGGGAUGUGGCCCACAGCAGGCCUGAUAGACACCGUGGUGGAGAGCAGCUGCCGGGAGCGCCGCCUCUCUCCAUCUCACAUGCGUCUGCCCUCCCCUUUCCCUUCCACUCCCUGCAGAGGAGCUGAGCUGUUCGCAUCAGGCUCCCAUGCUGAAGGGAAAGCUCUGCUGUUGCGGGGGGUGGAGGACGGGAUGUGGCCCACAGCAGGCCUGAUAGACACCGUGGUGGAGAGCAGCUGCCGGGAGCGCCGCCUCUCUCCAUCUCACAUGCGUCUGCCCUCCCCUUUCCCUUCCACUCCCUGCAGAGGAGCUGAGCUGUUCGCAUCAGGCUCCCAUGCUGAAGGGAAAGCUCUGCUGUUGCGGGGGGUGGAGGACGGGAUGUGGCCCACAGCAGGCCUGAUAGACACCGUGGUGGAGAGCAGCUGCCGGGAGCGCCGCCUCUCUCCAUCUCACAUGCGUCUGCCCUCCCCUUUCCCUUCCACUCCCUGCAGAGGAGCUGAGCUGUUCGCAUCAGGCUCCCAUGCUGAAGGGAAAGCUCUGCUGUUGCGGGGGGUGGAGGACGGGAUGUGGCCCACAGCAGGCCUGAUAGACACCGUGGUGGAGAGCAGCUGCCGGGAGCGCCGCCUCUCUCCAUCUCACAUGCGUCUGCCCUCCCCUUUCCCUUCCACUCCCUGCAGAGGAGCUGAGCUGUUCGCAUCAGGCUCCCAUGCUGAAGGGAAAGCUCUGCUGUUGCGGGGGGUGGAGGACGGGAUGUGGCCCACAGCAGGCCUGAUAGACACCGUGGUGGAGAGCAGCUGCCGGGAGCGCCGCCUCUCUCCAUCUCACAUGCGUCUGCCCUCCCCUUUCCCUUCCACUCCCUGCAGAGGAGCUGAGCUGUUCGCAUCAGGCUCCCAUGCUGAAGGGAAAGCUCUGCUGUUGCGGGGGGUGGAGGACGGGAUGUGGCCCACAGCAGGCCUGAUAGACACCGUGGUGGAGAGCAGCUGCCGGGAGCGCCGCCUCUCUCCAUCUCACAUGCGUCUGCCCUCCCCUUUCCCUUCCACUCCCUGCAGAGGAGCUGAGCUGUUCGCAUCAGGCUCCCAUGCUGAAGGGAAAGCUCUGCUGUUGCGGGGGGUGGAGGACGGGAUGUGGCCCACAGCAGGCCUCAUAGACACCGUGGUGGAGAGCAGCUGCCGGGAGCGCCGCCUCUCUCCAUCUCACAUGCGUCUGCCCUCCCCUUUCCCUUCCACUCCCUGCAGAGGAGCUGAGCUGUUCGCAUCAGGCUCCCAUGCUGAAGGGAAAGCUCUUCUGUUGCGGGGGGUGGAGGACGGGAUGUGGCCCACAGCAGGCCUGAUAGACACCGUGGUGGAGAGCAGCUGCCGGGAGCGCCGCCUCUCUCCAUCUCACAUGCGUCUGCCCUCCCCUUUCCCUUCCACUCCCUGCAGAGGAGCUGAGCUGUUCGCAUCAGGCUCCCAUGCUGAAGGGAAAGCUCUGCUGUUGCGGGGGGUGGAGGACGGGAUGUGGCCCACAGCAGGCCUCAUAGACACCGUGGUGGAGAGCAGCUGCCGGGAGCGCCGCCUCUCUCCAUCUCACAUGCGUCUGCCCUCCCCUUUCCCUUCCACUCCCUGCAGAGGAGCUGAGCUGUUCGCAUCAGGCUCCCAUGCUGAAGGGAAAGCUCUGCUGUUGCGGGGGGUGGAGGACGGGAUGUGGCCCACAGCAGGCCUGAUAGACACCGUGGUGGAGAGCAGCUGCCGGGAGCGCCGCCUCUCUCCAUCUCACAUGCGUCUGCCCUCCCCUUUCCCUUCCACUCCCUGCAGAGGAGCUGAGCUGUUCGCAUCAGGCUCCCAUGCUGAAGGGAAAGCUCUGCUGUUGCGGGGGGUGGAGGACGGGAUGUGGCCCACAGCAGGCCUGAUAGACACCGUGGUGGAGAGCAGCUGCCGGGAGCGCCGCCUCUCUCCAUCUCACAUGCGUCUGCCCUCCCCUUUCCCUUCCACUCCCUGCAGAGGAGCUGAGCUGUUCGCAUCAGGCUCCCAUGCUGAAGGGAAAGCUCUGCUGUUGCGGGGGGUGGAGGACGGGAUGUGGCCCACAGCAGGCCUGAUAGACACCGUGGUGGAGAGCAGCUGCCGGGAGCGCCGCCUCUCUCCAUCUCACAUGCGUCUGCCCUCCCCUUUCCCUUCCACUCCCUGCAGAGGAGCUGAGCUGUUCGCAUCAGGCUCCCAUGCUGAAGGGAAAGCUCUGCUGUUGCGGGGGGUGGAGGACGGGAUGUGGCCCACAGCAGGCCUGAUAGACACCGUGGUGGAGAGCAGCUGCCAGGAGCGCCGCCUCUCUCCAUCUCACAUGCGUCUGCCCUCCCCUUUCCCUUCCACUCCCUGCAGAGGAGCUGAGCUGUUCGCAUCAGGCUCCCAUGCUGAAGGGAAAGCUCUGCUGUUGCGGGGGGUGGAGGACGGGAUGUGGCCCACAGCAGGCCUGAUAGACACCGUGGUGGAGAGCAGCUGCCGGGAGCGCCGCCUCUCUCCAUCUCACAUGCGUCUGCCCUCCCCUUUCCCUUCCACUCCCUGCAGAGGAGCUGAGCUGUUCGCAUCAGGCUCCCAUGCUGAAGGGAAAGCUCUGCUGUUGCGGGGGGUGGAGGACGGGAUGUGGCCCACAGCAGGCCUGAUAGACACCGUGGUGGAGAGCAGCUGCCGGGAGCGCCGCCUCUCUCCAUCUCACAUGCGUCUGCCCUCCCCUUUCCCUUCCACUCCCUGCAGAGGAGCUGAGCUGUUCGCAUCAGGCUCCCAUGCUGAAGGGAAAGCUCUGCUGUUGCGGGGGGUGGAGGACGGGAUGUGGCCCACAGCAGGCCUGAUAGACACCGUGGUGGAGAGCAGCUGCCGGGAGCGCCGCCUCUCUCCAUCUCACAUGCGUCUGCCCUCCCCUUUCCCUUCCACUCCCUGCAGAGGAGCUGAGCUGUUCGCAUCAGGCUCCCAUGCUGAAGGGAAAGCUCUGCUGUUGCGGGGGGUGGAGGACGGGAUGUGGCCCACAGCAGGCCUGAUAGACACCGUGGUGGAGAGCAGCUGCCGGGAGCGCCGCCUCUCUCCAUCUCACAUGCGUCUGCCCUCCCCUUUCCCUUCCACUCCCUGCAGAGGAGCUGAGCUGUUCGCAUCAGGCUCCCAUGCUGAAGGGAAAGCUCUGCUGUUGCGGGGGGUGGAGGACGGGAUGUGGCCCACAGCAGGCCUGAUAGACACCGUGGUGGAGAGCAGCUGCCGGGAGCGCCGCCUCUCUCCAUCUCACAUGCGUCUGCCCUCCCCUUUCCCUUCCACUCCCUGCAGAGGAGCUGAGCUGUUCGCAUCAGGCUCCCAUGCUGAAGGGAAAGCUCUGCUGUUGCGGGGGGUGGAGGACGGGAUGUGGCCCACAGCAGGCCUGAUAGACACCGUGGUGGAGAGCAGCUGCCGGGAGCGCCGCCUCUCUCCAUCUCACAUGCGUCUGCCCUCCCCUUUCCCUUCCACUCCCUGCAGAGGAGCUGAGCUGUUCGCAUCAGGCUCCCAUGCUGAAGGGAAAGCUCUGCUGUUGCGGGGGGUGGAGGACGGGAUGUGGCCCACAGCAGGCCUGAUAGACACCGUGGUGGAGAGCAGCUGCCGGGAGCGCCGCCUCUCUCCAUCUCACAUGCGUCUGCCCUCCCCUUUCCCUUCCACUCCCUGCAGAGGAGCUGAGCUGUUCGCAUCAGGCUCCCAUGCUGAAGGGAAAGCUCUGCUGUUGCGGGGGGUGGAGGACGGGAUGUGGCCCACAGCAGGCCUGAUAGACACCGUGGUGGAGAGCAGCUGCCGGGAGCGCCGCCUCUCUCCAUCUCACAUGCGUCUGCCCUCCCCUUUCCCUUCCACUCCCUGCAGAGGAGCUGAGCUGUUCGCAUCAGGCUCCCAUGCUGAAGGGAAAGCUCUGCUGUUGCGGGGGGUGGAGGACGGGAUGUGGCCCACAGCAGGCCUGAUAGACACCGUGGUGGAGAGCAGCUGCCGGGAGCGCCGCCUCUCUCCAUCUCACAUGCGUCUGCCCUCCCCUUUCCCUUCCACUCCCUGCAGAGGAGCUGAGCUGUUCGCAUCAGGCUCCCAUGCUGAAGGGAAAGCUCUGCUGUUGCGGGGGGUGGAGGACGGGAUGUGGCCCACAGCAGGCCUGAUAGACACCGUGGUGGAGAGCAGCUGCCGGGAGCGCCGCCUCUCUCCAUCUCACAUGCGUCUGCCCUCCCCUUUCCCUUCCACUCCCUGCAGAGGAGCUGAGCUGUUCGCAUCAGGCUCCCAUGCUGAAGGGAAAGCUCUGCUGUUGCGGGGGGUGGAGGACGGGAUGUGGCCCACAGCAGGCCUCAUAGACACCGUGGUGGAGAGCAGCUGCCGGGAGCGCCGCCUCUCUCCAUCUCACAUGCGUCUGCCCUCCCCUUUCCCUUCCACUCCCUGCAGAGGAGCUGAGCUGUUCGCAUCAGGCUCCCAUGCUGAAGGGAAAGCUCUGCUGUUGCGGGGGGUGGAGGACGGGAUGUGGCCCACAGCAGGCCUCAUAGACACCGUGGUGGAGAGCAGCUGCCGGGAGCGCCGCCUCUCUCCAUCUCACAUGCGUCUGCCCUCCCCUUUCCCUUCCACUCCCUGCAGAGGAGCUGAGCUGUUCGCAUCAGGCUCCCAUGCUGAAGGGAAAGCUCUGCUGUUGCGGGGGGUGGAGGACGGGAUGUGGCCCACAGCAGGCCUCAUAGACACCGUGGUGGAGAGCAGCUGCCGGGAGCGCCGCCUCUCUCCAUCUCACAUGCGUCUGCCCUCCCCUUUCCCUUCCACUCCCUGCAGAGGAGCUGAGCUGUUCGCAUCAGGCUCCCAUGCUGAAGGGAAAGCUCUGCUGUUGCGGGGGGUGGAGGACGGGAUGUGGCCCACAGCAGGCCUCAUAGACACCGUGGUGGAGAGCAGCUGCCGGGAGCGCCGCCUCUCUCCAUCUCACAUGCGUCUGCCCUCCCCUUUCCCUUCCACUCCCUGCAGAGGAGCUGAGCUGUUCGCAUCAGGCUCCCAUGCUGAAGGGAAAGCUCUGCUGUUGCGGGGGGUGGAGGACGGGAUGUGGCCCACAGCAGGCCUGAUAGACACCGUGGUGGAGAGCAGCUGCCGGGAGCGCCGCCUCUCUCCAUCUCACAUGCGUCUGCCCUCCCCUUUCCCUUCCACUCCCUGCAGAGGAGCUGAGCUGUUCGCAUCAGGCUCCCAUGCUGAAGGGAAAGCUCUGCUGUUGCGGGGGGUGGAGGACGGGAUGUGGCCCACAGCAGGCCUGAUAGACACCGUGGUGGAGAGCAGCUGCCGGGAGCGCCGCCUCUCUCCAUCUCACAUGCGUCUGCCCUCCCCUUUCCCUUCCACUCCCUGCAGAGGAGCUGAGCUGUUCGCAUCAGGCUCCCAUGCUGAAGGGAAAGCUCUGCUGUUGCGGGGGGUGGAGGACGGGAUGUGGCCCACAGCAGGCCUCAUAGACACCGUGGUGGAGAGCAGCUGCCGGGAGCGCCGCCAUGCAGACGCACAUGACGUGAUGAACGCACUGGAGCAGAGAGGAUGGACGCCUGCCACGUUCCACCAUAACUGUGUUCUCAUGAGCAUGGUGCGUGGGAGGGGAAGGGGGUUUGAGGGUGGUGCUCGAGAUAGCAAGGCGGGCGUGCCGGACAUAGCAGUGCAGAAGCUAGAAGCCAUGGUGGAGGAGCAACGCGAGGGGUUGAAGGAGAGUCGCAGGGAGGGCAAGCCAGACGUGCACUCCUACAACUGGGUGCUCGAGGCCUUCGCUGCACACCCCCAGGAGAGGUACGAGGACACGUUGGAGUUCAUGGGGCGCAUGGUGGAGGACAGCACCGUGCAUCCCAACGGCAACACCUACGCUCUGCUGAUCGAGAUAUUCUGCAAGGACUGGAACUUCCUAUCAGAGGCCGUGCGGCACUUCCGGGCCCUGCAGCGCCUGCCAGGCCAGAUGACCUGCCUGGACGUGCAGAGGGGGGACCGCUACCACGCCACGGCUCUCUUUCUCAGAGCGCUCUGCCGAGCAGGUCUGGUGCAGGAGAUGCAGGAGGUGCUACUGGCGAUGGUGCGCGACAGAGUGAGGCUGCCAGCGUCGGCACUGCUGGUGGACAAGCGUACCCGCCGCACGCUGGUGUCCGCAUGGAUGCAGCCGUGCGACAUGGAACCCGAUUAUGGCCAGCCCACUGACUUCAUUCAACGAGCUGCAGAGGAGUCAGAGGAGUGGAGCAGGGAGAGGAGGGAGAAGAGGGACAUGGAGCGCCACGGGGGGUGGUGGCGGGUCAAGAUGGACACGGACGAGCUGCCUGGCUUCUGGCUGCCUCCCCCGAUCGUGUCGUUUGAAGAGAGCCUUGUGCGCCGCUUCCGGGGCUGCCGCAAGCAGCUCUACUACACACUCAUGUGGCGGGGAGUGGCGGCGUGGCCGGCGGAUCUAGGGGUGAGCAAGGAGGAGGCGGUGGAGGUGGCGGAGUGGUUAGAGAUGGAGCUGCAGAUCCAGGGCCCCACAGGGGCGGGCGCAGGCACUCCCAUGGGCGGAGGCGGAUCCGCCUUGCUCCCAGCCGCAUCUGCUGGUGCUGGUGCUUCUGCGAGUAGUGAUGCAGGCACUGCUGCUGGCACUGCCACGACCAGCACCAGUGCCACUGGUUCUUGGGGCCUAACCGGUGGCUUGACGGGCGGGCUGACGGGGAGAUUGAUGGGGGCGAGAGGGGGAGCGAGGGCGCCCAAGGCGGCGAGCAAGAUGGUGGUGGGGGAGCUGCGGCAGGAGCUGGCGGGGCAGGGGCUGCCCACCGAUGGUAACCGUGCCAUGCUGUAUGCUCGCGUGCAGCGCGCCAGAAGGCUGAAUAAGGCUCUGGGGAAGCCCCUGUGGACGCCGCAAACCAGAGAACCCGUCAUGCAGGCGAGUGCGAGAGUGGAGUAUCUGUUGGAACAUCUCACACUGGAUGGCACAGCGGCGUCAUGGCCGCAGGUGAUAGAGAUGAUGAGGGAGAGCGAGCGGCGGGCGAAUGAGGAGCAGCAGCAGCGCGAGCAGGAUGAGCGGCAGCGGGAAGCAGACGAGAAGCAGCGGGCGGCCGACGAGCGGCAGCGGGUGGAAGACAAGCGGAUCCGGGCGGCACUGUCCGGCGGGGAGGAAGAGGACGAAGAGGAGGAGGAGUACGAAGAAGAGGAAGAUGAGGAAGAGGACGAGGAUGAUGAAGAUGAGGAGGAGGAGGAGGAGGAGGAGGAGGAGGAGGAGGAGGAGGAGGAGGAGGAGGAGGAGGAGGAGGAGGAGGAGGAGGAGGAGGAGGAGGAGGAGGAGGAGGAGGAGGAGGAGGAAGAGGAAGAGCUAGAAGUAGACGAUGUGAUAGAUGAUGAGGAGGAUGAAGACGAGGAGGAGGAGGAGGAGGGGGCGGUGGGGGAAGAGGACGAGGCGGUGGACGAGGAGGAGGUGGCGCCAGGGCAGGCAGGCGGCAUGCUGGGCGGCGGAGCAGAGAGGGAGGUGUCGGUGCUGGCCAUGGAGGAGGAGGGCAUGCGGGGCGGCGGCGGGCUGCUCACAUCGCAGCUUGUGGGCGGCGGUGGGGGCGGUGGGGGUGGGAGCACAGCAGGCAGAGCCAAGGCCAAGUCGUCGGACCUUUACGACGAUGAGGACGAGGGGGAGGUGCAUGCAGCAGCGCCGGCCAUCCUAGCCGGGUCAGCAGCGCAGGCAGCAGAGGAGGACGAGGAGAUGCAGGCGUUCCGCGCAGAGGAGGACCUCAUACCGCUCUCCACCACUCUGGACGGCAUCUUCACCUUGGAGGAGCGGUGGGGGCACUGGUGGGAGCGGGCUGACAAGGAGCGUGUCGUGCAGCCGUGGAGUGAGAGGAUGGAGCUUGACAGUGCUUGGAGCAUCUUUCAACUGGUGAUUGAGCUGGGCGGCGUGCCGACCCUGGCAGACUGCUGCAUGGUGCUGUGGGCGGCAGUGGACGGCAACGAUUGUCGUAUUAUGCAGGGGGUGGUCGAGAAGUCGCACGCGAUUGGUCACAAGUUCGGCAUCAACCUCUACAAGACAGUGGUCAACACGUGCCUUGGGCUCCUGGAGAUUGACACAGCGGUGGCAAUCUUGGAAGAUAUGCAGCGAGCAGGUGUCCAACCAGGCGAUGACAUGUGGCAGCAUGUGGAAGAGGCCCGCCGGGUGGCGGCUGAGCGGGUCGUUGAGGAGCAACGGCGGCGAGAGGCUGCUGAGGUGGCGGCUGCAGAAGCGGCAGCUGCUGAUGAAGUUCUACCAGUCAUGGAAGGCGAGGAGAGUGGAGCUGACGGGAAAGAAGCAGGUUUGGAAAGAAGUGAAGGAGCCUCCGGAGGAGGGUUAUCAAGUGAAUUGGACAAAUGA